AUGGCUUCGCUGGUGCUUCUCUUUUCAGAACUCGUUCGGAAUCAUGAGUGGGAUGCUGCAGCUCUGUUAGCAGCAUACCCUCCUCCCAGUUUCACCAUAACCUCAUCAUCUUGUGCUGUUUCUGCUGCCAGCAAAGGUGUGGUGCAGAAGAAAACCGAAGGCACGGUGGUCGAAAACCCUUUGGAGUCGAGGGUGUGUGUGGAUCUUGUUUGGCCUUGA